ACUGCCAGACAUGGACUCGGACUCGGACGACUACGAGCGAGCAAGAGAGAAGCAGAUCAAGGAGAAUCGCGCCCUGCUCGAAAGCUUAGGACUCAACUCUGAAAGUGUACGGCUACGCUCACCUUCCCCGCCUCGUCCAGCCAAGCGCACUCGCACAGUCAAGACACAGCCGGCAUCCGUCUCUCCUCCUGUCGAGCGUCAGCGGUCAUCACGCAUCGCCUCCUCUUCCAGGCAGACUUACAAUGAGAAAGAGCUGACGCGGCGCAGCAGUACUCGGCAGCAAAAGGCGGCAAAGGCGAGAGAGGGCGAGAGGAAGUCAAAGAGACUGUCUGCCAGCAGGUCCAAGUACACAGAGGCCAACACUUCCGAUACCGACUCCGAGAAUGACUAUGUGCCUGCACAGCCAAAGCCCGUAUUUCAGCUCAAGAAGAUUCGCAACCCCUCGCCUCCUACUCUCGACGACUCGGAUGACGAUACGGCAGUCUUUACAGAGAAUGCGCCUCUGCCAACGAGGCUACCAUUGAAGGCUGGAAUGGGAGGUAGAGGCCCUCUGAGCUUCGAGAAAGCGUGGAGUCACUUCCGACCGAACUUGACACCCGAAGAGGUCAUUCGAGGCGGAGCUUUCGGUGGUACCUUCUUCAGGACCUGCUAUUCGGGCGUCCUCAAGCGAGAUCUGAUCGCCGAGGAGGACAUUGCAGAGCUGCCGCAGGCGUGGACAGAAGGGCUCGACCAGGACGUGUACCUUAAAGCACAAGAGUACGCUGAAGAGAUCAACAUGUUUGGAAAGAAGGCCGGACAGAGCCUGCAGGCCUGGGAACAAGCAGGGUGGAUUGCUCGUCAAGAUCCUCGCGGCUGGUUCCAAUGGUACUGUCGCUUCUACUCCGGCCGUCGCUCCGCCGACGAUGCUCGCCAGGUGCAACGAUGGCAAAGGGCAUGCGGUCCAGCAGGCAGAUUCAAACGAGCAGUCGCAGCCAAGGUCGCGAAAGCUGGCGCAGCUUGGGACGACGGAGAAGUCGCUGCUGUUCUGCGACAGGUCAUCUGGCAGUGGGCGUGCGAACUCUCACAAGAAGAUUACGAGGCAUACUUUGCUUAGAUAUACAGAUGAGAUGACGAAGGAACGGUCGACCCAAUCUCCAGCUCUCCUAUCUCAUUGCCUUUGAUUCCAUACCCAUUAUGUACUCUCUCAACAAUCAGAUCUCUCAAUCGACUUCUAUGCCCAGCUUUCUCAAAAGAUCACGUCUAUCAGCCUCCCUCUCGUAGUAACGUCUGCGCUUCUCCUCCCUGAAGCUGACCCCUUCUUCGCGCUGAUGGUCCCAGCCAAGAGGCUCUGCAUCGAAUUCUGGUCCCUCGGUUACCUCGCUGAUUCUCUGAGCCAGCCUUUGAAUGAGAUUCUGCUCUUCUGGGCCGCACCUCAAUCCGAGCUUGAAGAGCUCCACCUCU